AUGAAAGAGGUCUUCGAUACAAAAUUCGGGAUCGGUAUCCGGGAUAGCAACAGACCGCAAUUUGCAUCAGGCUACCUUCUUCUCUCCCUCGCCCUAGCACACGGUGCUCUCUUUGCCGUCAACACUGUGGACGAUCUAGCACAAUUCAAUCUCUCAAAUGGAGAGAUUCCAUUGCGAUGGAAAGAUGAGUACUUGGAAAAGCCAGUCCUCAGACAUGCAACGGCAGAUGGACCCCAAGAGACUCCUUUGACGAAACAAAAGUUUUGUUCCUGCCUGCGCCAAAUCUUCGCCGCCGCGGGAUAUUUUGGUGAACUGGCAACGAUCCACUGUAUCCGACGAAAUCUAGGGAAGAAAGUCGAAAGUCAGUCCCUGCAACCACGAAAGAAAACCUGA